GAAAUCUUUACGCUCCGCAUCCUAAACUCCGAUCAAUUCUGUUCAAUUCCAGGAUUUCCGAACAGUCGAGAGCAUGGGAGGCCACGGUGGUCUGAAUAUUCUCCCGCAGAAGCGAUGGAACGUCUACAACUUUGACAAUCGCGAGAAAGUCCGGCUCGACGAGGAAGCUGCGGCUCGGGAAGAGCAACUCAAACGCGAGGAUGCUCAUAAGCGUGAUAUGGAAUUACGCCUCGAGAAGCUCAGGCAAGCGCGUGGAUUAGCAUCCGCCUCCACCAACGAAACCCCUAAAUCCUCUUCUUCCGAAUCGAGAUCCGAAACGAUACUUAAGAACGAUUCGAACCACGUGAAUUUGUUCGAAGGAAUUCGGAUAUUCGACCCGAUUGAAGAGAAAGAUGCAUCUAAAGACCAAAGGCCUGCCAAGAAGGUCAAAAAGGAACAGCCUCCGAGGGUUGUGACCGCAGAGGAUGAGAAGUAUAAACUAGGAUAUGGAUUUGUUGGGAAAGGAACUAAAUUGCCUUGGUACAUGGAAAAUCCGACCAACAAAUCUGCUAAAAAGAGCAAUCAUGAUGAAGAAAACAUCGUGAUGCCUGUUGAGAAGAAGAGCAAUGGCAAGAAGACAGUUGAGGAGUUGCGGAAAGAGCGGUUAGAGAGGGAGAAGCGAGAGAAACAUAGACAAAGAGCUCUGCUAAUGGAGAAGAGCCGCAAAGAUGGAGGGUUCUCUAAAAGAUGAUGAGAGGUUUUAUAGGAUGGUAAAUGCCAGCAAGCUCUCUCUGGUCAUGGUGAAGGAUAAUGGUGACCGUCACGUGUUUACCUGUUCACGUUGCCUGAAAACUUAGAGAUUGGUACGUUAACCAGUUAAGAGAUGAGAAGUUCAUAGUGCCAUUUUCGGUAAGACAAGCCAGAGUAUGCAGGUAGUAAUAGUCGAGCUAUUAAAAACUAUAUACUCUUUGAUUUUUGAUGAUGUUCCUUUGGCAUGCUGACUCUAAGACUAAUAUGCCCUCUACAUUGGCUGACUGCAAUCUAUGGUAUAUGUUGUUAAUUUGUAUCAAUCAGUCAAAGAGACAAGGAUGAGUUUGAGUUGAAUUGGAUAGCUUGACUAAAUUAGUUCCAUGAUUCUAUUAUGGAAUCUGCUUCUCGGAGUAUAUUUUUGAAGUAACUGUAUAAAAACAUUGCAGAUUUAUAUUCUUUAAUUUUUCGAGAGUUACACUAGAAAGGCUCUUGUUUUCAAUUUUUUUGGCCCCAAAAUAAUAGUUUACUUUGGCCAAAAGAGGAUGCAAUUUCUUGUAAUUUACUCAAUAAUAAUUUCAAAAUGAGUGAUAAACAAGUUACAAUAAGUGUACUUGAUCUUACAAAUAAAGUUUAAUUAUUUAACUAGGAUAUACUACGAAACGUACUAGUUUGAAAGGCUCGUUAGAAAAAGCUACAGAAGUACUGUAUCAGCCGUUAGGCAAUGUUGACACUAAUAAGAGUAUGAGGUUCAAGUUCUUUAUCUGAAGUUCCGGACAGCUCUGUUAAUGGCUGCUGGGGUUGCUCUUUCAUUCUAUAAUGGUUCUUCUACUGCUUUUCUUUUGUGUGAAGCUGCAAGAUGCGCAGAUCUAUUUGUGACUGUUUUCUCUGUUUGCUUUGUUCUUUUGUCUUGUUGAUUUCCCUUUUUGUUUUGACUUUCUCUUCUCUAUUUUCUCAUUCGGAUUUUUCUCGCGUAUGUUAUUUUGACUUUCUUUCUUCUUUUACCAUCAUUUUUUUGGUCAAUCUGUUGUUUGGUAAGAAACUUUUGCAUUUUGGACCAGACACAAUCCCUUCCCAUUUGCAUGUGAGUUUGUUACGUGAUAAGACUAAUCCAUAUAGACAUCAUAUGUAGAAGUCUCAAACACUUUCAGCAGCUAAAAUGUGUCUAAGAUGACGUUUAUCUGGGUGCAGACAGAGCCUAGGUUUCUGAUAAGCCUUGCUCACUCUAUUAAGCAUGUCAGAUGAAUUGGGAGCCAGUCACUGUUAGAUCAAACAACCUGAAACCAGAUGUGAAAGUAGAUCAUUCCCCAUUUGCUCAUUAAUCCACUUAAAAAUUGAGAUGAGGUAUAAAACACAGAGAUAGAACCUACACGAUGCAGAGUUGAGAGAAGCAACCGUAUGUCAGCUUCCUUGCCAGUUGACCAUAACCUUAUCUUUUCAUCUAGCACCUCCAUUUCCAUCUGCACUUUUUGAAAGCAAAAUUAUGUUCUCAGGGUUCUCAAAAUUUUCAUAUCACCUGUUGUUUCAAAAAUUCUUGCUUAGUUGCAAAGCCAUUUUAUAAUCCAAAAUACUACGUAUUAAAAUACAAACUAACAUGUACAUUUUCCGCUGUCCCCAUAUUAGAUUAAUCUUUUAGGAUGAAACUUCAUGUGUUAAUAUGCCAUUAGAUUAAUCGUUUAAAACAUUGAGUUCAAUGUAGAUUAUUGACAGAAAAACAAGAAUGCAAUAUUCAAGCUGGACGUUGUUUGAUGGCAAGAUUGCACAAAAUGUUGACCAGUGUAUACCAUAACAUUCCAACGCUAACACAAAAGAUGAAAUACUCAGUAGAGGGUCGAGAAUAUGGAAUCUUACAUUAGUCUCAAACUUCUGGCUUCCUUCUCCCUCUACACGCUUGUGGACUUCCUGUGCCUGCAGAAGUGGGUCAGGAAAGAUGAUGUGAAGAAAAGCCACAAUCUAAAAAACAAUGUGAACUAUGUACAAUUUUGAAGUGUUUCAAAAGGACAACUACUUGAGUUAUUUACCGCUGUUGCUUUUGUAAACUCAUUCUUAUCAUUUUGCUCAUCAGAAGACUGCAUUGUGAUCAGCAUGUCUGCAAAAUAUGAAUUAUCUGAUUGCUCUUUCUCAUCUGGAGCCACUUGUGAAAUAUUCUCAGAGCAGUGCUCAUGAAAUUUCUCUUUUGCCCAAGCAAUCGAGUUAUCCACACCAGUCUUUUCAUUAUUUACUUCUCUAAAUCUGC